UCACACAUUAGUAAGAAAGUUAGAAUAAUUAAAUUAUUUAAAGUAAUUCGAUAAGCUAGUGGAUUAAUAACAAUUAUUUGCGAGUGGCGGUCUAAAUUUAAGCAAUGUUGACAGUGCGCGUUAAAUAUACUAAACUUCUUGGCUAGAUUAAAUUUCGUUUAUUUAAAUUUGUUAUUUUCGACGUAAUUGAAAUGGACCAGAGUAAAGCUCCCGUUUCUUUGCCAGCAGACACCCAACGUCAAGACGUGGCAAAGUUGUAUGAGAAUAAACCGGCACAAAACUACAUGAACCCCAACAUUACCAACUACACGGAUAACAGCCACAACUUGUUCCAAAUGAUCAAGUGCCAUGAGGACAGUUUACUGAGGCUUCAUCAUUUGACUGCAGCCGGCCGCAACACAUACGAGCAGACCUACCAAACCGAGAUUCCCUGGUACAACAAGCAGUACAUAAAGCCCGUGGAAUACCUGGCCUACGAAGACACACUUCGACGGAAGUACGACGAGAAAGGGAAGGAAGAUGAGAAAGACAAGGACGAGAGGAAGAAGCCCAGAAGGAAUAGGACUACGUUCUCGAGUCAGCAGUUGGCGGCACUUGAGAAGGUAUUCGAGAAGACACAUUAUCCAGAUGCGUUCGUCAGGGAAGACUUGGCAGCGAGGGUCAACCUGACUGAAGCUAGAGUUCAGGUAUGGUUCCAAAACCGCCGCGCCAAAUUCCGUCGCAACGAACGCUCAGCACUUUCGAACCGGACUACUCUCCAAUCAUCACCCGAGCCAAUCCCGGUCCCGAUCGGCCAGCCCGACCGCCCAGAACUGAGGAACAAGGACUGGCUCUUCCAACCGACCUUCAACGUACCUAUAGUACCUUACCAAAACGAGUAUCUAAUGCAGCACAACAGACAGUACUCCAGCCCGCAGCUCAUGGGGUACAAUGACGGGUACUCAUGUGGCCUAAUGGGGUACACGGCGCCUCUGCAGUCGCACGCGCCGUAUAACUUGAACCUGAGGCGGGAGCUGCAUGUUAAUAAUGUCACUUUAUAAUGUAUUCAAUAAAACGUUUUA